GUUGAAUAGUCCGUCUGUGAAACAUCGAAUCUGACCGCUACAAAAAAAGUGUUUUGUUAGUUACGGUGUCAUACCUCAAGUUAUUACUUUUCCACCACACGUUUUAUUUUUUAAGUAACUUUUACGGUUGUUUUCGGUAGCUUAAUGGUUUACGGUCUUUGUCCAUGACCAGUUUGAGUUGUUGUCCUGAUUCUUUCUUUCAGGCGUAGAAGAAAUGCGCAUUUGUCGCCUAUUUUCUUCCUUUGCACCCGGGAAUUAUCCAAAAUGAACGACCACGAAACGAUUAGGCAUCCCGAUUGCUCAAAUGAUGUCUUGGUUCACUUUGCAGAAUCGCUGCACAUAUUUACAGGAUUAUUGACAGUGGCCACUGUAUGUGGGUUUUUUUCAGGAAUCAUAGCUGCAGCCGUUCUGUAUGUCUUUUGCCUGAAGCCUAUGCUUCUAACUCGACAAGGCUAUGAUGCCAGAAGACUGUUUGAGGGAGACGACCAGGAUAGGGAGAACAACCACAGUGACUGUGUCAGCAACAGCAAGAAGGGUGUCCAAAGUGCCACUACCAAUGAAAAAGAAAAGAAGCAGCCACCCGUGAACAGUGAUGUGGCUGCUUUUGCAUCACGGGCAAAGGUGGUGUACCCCAUCAACCAGAAAUACAGACCCUUAGCGGAUGGAGCCUCCAACCCCUCACUGCACGAGCACUCCAAGCUGCCUGUCCUCCCCAAUGGAGAGUCCUCGUCGGGCUGUAGCGGGGAUUCACUGAGCCAGGACCAGGACAACGACGACAGCAGCCAGUUCAUCUCCUCCUCACUGGUCCCCAAGAGUCUGCAGAACGAGAGCUUCACCAGGGUGGCCCUCUACCCCCACACGCUCUCUCAAACAGGUUUUGAGGGCAGGAUCAGCCUGUAUUGUCUGGCUCUGCAGGACGUGCAGAUACACUGUUCACAGGUCCUGGACGAGAAAUGUGUGCUCUUUCUCCAAAUUAUCAGAAUUAUACUCAGCAGUCGUUUUCCCAAGGAUAAAAAGGAUUCAGCUUUUUUCACCAGUGUUCUUCUCCUGCAAGAAAAGGAACUGGGUUUAUUAAAGAAAGAACUGUCAGCCAGCCUGUUUUCAUGUGAGAGAAACAAAGAUCUAAGUUCAGAUCCUUGUACCCUGGAGGAGAUUGAAAGAACUCAGAAAGAUCUACUGGAGCACGCGCUUCAAAUGACCAAGGGCUUUAGCAAGCAGGUGGAGGCCUUCUGCCAAAGCCUCCUGGGCAGGUCCAGUGUUCUCCCCAGAGAUGAGGCCCAGGAUGUCAUCCACACCCUUAUCCAAUGUCUCCUAUUGGUCGAAAACCAGCUAACUGAGACUCAGGCAGCAGACAUGAAGAGGACCCAGGAGAAGCUGCUGUGGUGGGAGGAGCUGAGGGGUGUGCUGCAGGCCAAGCCAGCCCUGCUCCAGCAGGAGGUGUCCCUCAGACAGGACCUGGUGGCCCGAGGCCUGGAGCAGCUGACCAGUGAUGGCCACCUGACAUUCGCCACCAUGGAGAAGACCCUGGGUGAGCUGCAGACUGCCCUGACCGAGGGGCUGCAGCACUGCAGCGAAGAAUGCAGGAUAAAGACCAAUGAGAUUGUCUAUGAAAAGUGCAAGAAGAUAGACUCCAAGAAAAAUAAACUCCUGAGGACUCACGCAAAGGAGAGAAGCCGUGUACUGGAUUCUGCACAGACGCACAGCGACCUACAGGAAUUUGUGAAGGUGUAUCAGGAGCUGCUUCUGAAGCAGAGGAAGCAGAGCAGUGACUUGGAGCUGCAGCAGGAUGGGAGAGUGGCAGAGGCAGUGUGUGAUCUUUGGAGGAGGCAUCAUGCCACCUGGUCCAAGAAGCUGGGAGAGCUGGCCAAAGACAUCUUCCUAUCUGCUCUCCCUGCUCAGCCCCAGUUGUCCACAAACCAAGGCCAGAGGCUAUGGCUGGAUCUAGAUGGUGACCUGGUUGCACUGCUGCAGCAGGCAGAGUCCAAUACCAAACGGCAACUGGAGGGUGUACAGGCUCAAUUGGAGCGAGAUGGACAGGUAUGGUGUGUGGAAGCGGCCCUGGUGCUGGCCUGCCUCAGACACCUAGGUGAACAGCAGCUGAAGAUCCUUAGAGGCAUGGUGGUCAGACAGAGCUACAUGCUUAACAGCCAUGUGGGGAUGUUGAUUGAGAAGAAACAGCACCUCCUGCUGGUGGCGGUGCAGAGGCACUUUGUGGCCAGACACUUCUGUCUGAGGGUCUUGAAGGAGAUGAGGUUGUCCAAGCUCAAGGUGCUGUCUCAGAGUGACUUCAGGGCCCUGCUGGCUCUAGAGGACCACACCCAGACCACAGUCAGACCAACGCUCCCCAAAGCCCAGCAGCAGGAAUCCAGUGCCAGUGUUGCCGAGAGGCACCUGGGCCCGGAGACACUGCUGAUUGGCCACAGCUUCCAGCAGGAGUUCCUGUCAGAGCUAGAGACGGGAGCGGAGCUCCUGCAGGCCAACGCCCAGCAGCUAGUGGGCCACGCCCUCAGCCAGAGCCUCUGGCAGCAGAUGGACCAGGCCCCUCCCACUAGGCCCCAGCCUGACCACGGCAGGAAGAGCCAGUUGACGGAGGUAGCGUCAGAGAGUGUGUACGUGACCCGGGAUUCCCUCAGUGCUCUGGUCACCAGCUACUACUCGCAGAUCCAGGACAUCACCAAGGGCCUUCAGCAGCAACACCCUAACAAGGCCAGAGAGGAGUGUGAACGACGAGAGAGCAGCUCUCAGAUGAACAAGGACAUGCUAAAGGAGCUGGCCAACUGGGGGAGGAAGCCCAUGUCCACCGAGUUUCAUCAGAGGGUUGAACUGCAGAAGAAGAGGAUGUUGGAACAGUAUGACUUGGAGCAGGAGGUCGCAUGUGAAACUCUGAGGAGAAGGAAGUUAGCCCAGGAACAAACCAUGGAGCGAAUCAAAGGACAGUUACAGGAGGCAGAAGAGGCCUUCAUAGCUAAACUAUCUGCCUUAGCUCGGAUCCCAUUACCCGACAAAGAGCUCAACACUGAGGAUGACAUCAUAGGGGAGGAGGAGAGUCCAACAUUGAAUCCAACAUUGUGGAAGAGGCGAGAGAGGCGGGAGCAUGAAACUCUGCUCACCAAUCCAACACUUUUAUUUUCAUGACAGGGAGUGUGCAACUUUAGGAUUAGGGUAGAAAAUUGGAACACAACUAUGUUUAUUACACCUGACGGGGGGGGGGUUGUACUGGGCAUUUUUGGCUGUUUUCACAUGUAAUAUAACCCUUUUUAAUCCUCUUUAUGUCCACUGAAAGCAGGCUAGUGAUUGCUUUGCAACGCUUGCAGUUAGCCACCGAUUCCUUCCAAACCCCUCAUUGUGGAAUUACGAUUUCCAACUUGUUGUGUAAAGUCCAUGUCAAAUGGCCAAUGAUCACCGAUUCGUUUUAUCUAUAAUUUAUCUUCAUAUGACAAGGAUUGAAAAGGAUUUGCCAGUUGAUUGCAGCAUGUCUAAGGCACGUUCACACAGAUGAGCAGGGACCCUGGGCACCUUUCUUUGGUGUUUUUCAGAGUCAGUAGAAAGGGCUCUUUAGUUUUCAUAACUGUGACCUUAAUUGCCUACUGUCUGUAAGCUGUUAGUGUCUUAUCGAACGUUCCACAGGAAAAUGUUAAUUGUUUAUGGUUCAUUGAACAAGCAUGGGAAACAGUGUUUAAACCCUUUACAAUGAAGAUCUGUGAAGUUAUUUGGAUUUUUACAAACUAUCUUUGAAAGACAGGGUCCUGAUAAAGUACCUACAUGUACAAAUUACCUCGACUAACCUGUACCCCUUGUGGUGGUUCAUUUAGUUACUAUCAAAUGAGGGGAGACAAACUUAUCACACAAGUCAGAGUUAUCUCCCAGAGGCCCAAAUAGACACAGGUGCAACUAAUAAGACAAAACAAACAGAAAACUAAAAAAGGGAUCGGUGGCGGCUAGUAGGCCGGUGACGACGACUGCCGAGCACCGCCCGAACAGGCAGGGGAGCCAACUUCGGCGGAAGUCGUGACAACUUUAUCAAAUCUCUAGUAAUCGAUUAUACACACAUACAAUUUAGCAUAUUUUCCUAUAUUCACAGAAUCCAUAUAAAACGUAAGAAAACCUUAGGUACUCACGACAACCAUUCCAUUUGCUUUUUUUCAAGGACUCUCCACAGCUACGACGCAGCUCUCUAAACAUACUCCCAGCAGAACCAAAAAACUACUUUUGUUUCCCGGACAAUGACCAUGGGAUCCUCAACGGUUCUCUAACCUCCCAGAGAUCACGGCAAAAUCAAGCCUCUCAGGAACUAUAGACCUUCCGCUGCUUUCUAAAAUAUCAUCUCGCUCUCAGUACCACCCUGUGAUAUUCUAUGACAGGCAGUGAAGGAACAGAACCCCAAAAUAACGUUAUAUCAAAGUUUAUUGUCCACCUUUCAAUCAUCUGAUUAAGCAUAUUUCUAUAUGUUAAUAUCCAAACGUCAGAUGAAGACUAAUUUCCAUAUUCACACAACUCCCAUAUCACAGUCACACAAUGCUAUUCUCAAACAUACCUAAUCAAUUAGUUGUUUAUCAACAAUAUUUUAACUUGCAGGAAUAUUUUCUCAUUUCUAUCUCAUGAUUAGUUCCUAGGAUAAUGCAACUUAUACAUUUGCAUUUUUUCAAUACUUCUAAAAGGGGGUACAGGUUUCAAACAAUUACAGGUUUAAAACAAGUACAGCUCCUCAGCUCCUUGGUCUUAACUAGUUCACAUAGAUUCCGGAUGUUUUAAAAUGAAAUGGCCAAAACUAGUUCACACAGAUUCGAGAUAUUUAACACUAAAUUACCAAACCCAGGGCAUACCUGGCUAGCACAUUUAAAAUAAUUGGAAUUCACCACUUCUGAGCGUCACUUGGACAGUCACACAGACACUUUUCAGAAUGAGGUCCUUCUUCCAAUAGGGUUUAACCAGGUAUUCACAUCACAUCCUUGUCGCCAAAUAUGGUGGUUCAUUUCUUUACUAUCAAAUGAGGAGAGACAAACUUAUCACACAAGUCAGAGUUAUCUCCCAGAGGCCCAAGUCAGAGUUAUCUCCCAGAGGCCCAAGUCAGAGUUAUCUCCCAGAGGCCCAUCCUCAGUAGAACACACACACAAUAGUUAACAGAAUACUCUAUUCUGUUGAAUAAAACAACCAUUUGAUGCAAUAAAAGCAUUAUAACAUUAUCUUUCAAUUUUGCCACCAUACCCUGCACACAGACUCGGUACCGGUAUCCCCUGUAUAUAGCCUCGUUAUUGUUAUGUAAUCUUAUUGUGUUACUUUUUAAAAUAUUUUUUUUACUUUAGUAUAUUUAGUAAAUAUUUUCUUAACUCUAGUUCUUGAACUGCUUUGUUGGUUAAGGGCUUGUAAGUAAGCGUUUUACGGUAAGGUUGUAUUCGGCAUAUGUGACAAAUAAAAUUCUAUUUGAUUUUA